CUUGCACUCCCUCAUGGAGUAACUCCAGAUUUUGACAAACCCGACCGAACAGUGUGGACGGCGAACAUUGUAACUCAGGCACUGUGCCUCUCUCUUGUGGGCUUGAUUGUUAUGCUCCGAGUUUAUAUCCGCAUGAAGAUAUCUCGAAAUUUUGGACUUGAGGAUUGGUGGGCUAUUGCAGGCUUCCUGUUAGCGGUAGGAUAUUCAGCAACUGCCCUCACGAUGAACCAUUUCGGUGGCGGUUUGAAUCAAUGGGAGGUCCCUAAGGAAAACCUGAUGAACUUUCACGCUACCGUCUAUGCUACUAUGGUACUGUAUGGCCCUUGUGCAUUCUGCAUCAAGGCCUCAAUUCUCCUAUUUCUGGCUCGAGUUUUCGCGCCGAAUCGGAGAGCCGUCCUCGUCAUAAAUAUCUCGAUCGGGGUAUUGCUGGCUUACUACCUCCCGGUUCUGGUAUUAAAAGCUACUAUCUGCCGUCCUGUGAUGAAGUUCAUGAUGCCAGAAAUAGACGGGAAAUGCUUCAACCAGCGGGCUUUGAUUCUGGCCGACUCUGUGAUAUCGGUCGUCUCGGAUCUCCUUAUCCUCGCUGCGCCUAUUCCACUGACCAGCGACCUCCACAUGCCGAAGAAAAAGAAGCUUAAGGUGAUAGCGGUUUUCAGUGCAGGUGGGUUAGCGUGUAUUUGCAGUAUCAUUCGACUAGUGGAUAUCGUUCAGAACGGAAUGAGCGCAAACCAGACACUGAUUUUCAUGCGCGUAAACCUCUGGGGCAUCGCGGAAGUGUACAUUGGCCUCAUCGCUGCUUGUAUGCCAGUCGUACCGGCC